AUGGCUCCGGACUACGAGACGUCACACCACCUGGGUGACUUCCUCGUCGACAACGACGUGAUGAAGAAGCACAAGGAAAUGCUCCUUGAGCAGUCGCCCCAUUGGACAGACAAGGGAUGGUCCCACGAGCAAAUAGCGGCCGAGCGACUCCUGGUCCUCUUCAAGUCUCUGCAUGCCCGCGCCAAGGACAAUGACCACUUCAGCUUCUGGUUCGACGUCCGUGAGGGCUGGCUCCCGGUGAUUUUCUGUGAUGCCAAAUCGAUCCGUAGUGUCAAGAAGAUCGUCAUGUGCUUUCGCCUCGCUCGCAUUGCGCGACGCGAGGAGACAUGGAAGAUGCGCGGCUACGACCCUGCGCCGGAGACAGCCCUUGGCCAUCUCGUCGAUGGAUUGAUCAACCUCGUGGGAUACAAAGCUGACGCGGAAGAGAAGUGGCUCUACACCAGAGACGCAGCUUCGAGUGGUAUCUUUGCCCCAAGCAUGACGAACAACAACACCACCACCACUACACUGAACACCCCGAGCACGAUGAGCAAUGCUCCCGCUACACUGAAUGGAGAUGCCGUGGAUGGCGUGAAUCUGGCCUCCCUUUCCAUCGCCAGCGGUGAGACCCCGUCACAGAAACCCAAGGUCCCCGAGUUCGUCAAGUGUCAAACUUUGGAGAAAAGAAUGGCCGUGCUGAAGGCGCAGGAGAAGGCAAUCAGAAAGGAGGUCACCAAAAUUAGUCGUGAAAUUAGUCGCUUGAAGAAGAUCGGCAAUGCCUGA